ACAUAUUCAUUUCAGGAAGAUGCAAGUUGGACUGGCACAGAGCCAGAGACACUUGAUUACCGAAGCGAGAAGAGUAGCAACGCCACAGACAAACUGAAAUGUUUUGAUAUCGUAACUCUUUGGGAAUGCCUCUUUAAAACUUGGUUGUAUCGACGCAUUGCAUUCUAUGUAACUCGUACUACCCCGUCUGGACUGUAUGAUGGACUGGACGGUUAGCAGUCGGGCCCUAUUGUGGUGCAUUUUCACGUUACUGUGUAGUAUUGACCCACUUCAAAUGAGUUUCUGCCGCGCCAGCACUGUCUCCCUCCCCGAAAGCCUGCUCUUUGUGUCCACCCUGGAUGGAAACCUACACGCCGUCAGCAAGAAAUCAGGCUCUAUCAAAUGGACGCUGAAAGAGGAUCCUGUUCUGCAGGUUCCAACGCAUGUGGCAGAGCCAGCUUUUCUGCCUGACCCUAAUGAUGGCAGCCUGUACUCUCUAGGAGGGAAGAACAACGAGGGACUGACAAAACUGCCUUUCACCAUACCUGAGCUGGUCCAGGCGUCACCCUGCCGCAGCUCUGACGGGAUCAUCUACAUGGGUAAGAAGCAGGACCUGUGGUACGUGGUGGACCUGUUGACAGGGGAGAAGCAGCAGACCCUCACUUCCUCCUUUGCUGAGAUGCUGUGUCCCUCCUCCUCCCUGCUCUACCUGGGACGCACCGAGUACACUAUCACCAUGUACGACACCAAGAGUAGAGAGCUCCGCUGGAAUGCCACCUACUUCGACUACGCCUCCACGCUGCCUGACGACGACACCAGAUACAAGAUGGCCCACUUUGUCUCCAAUGGUGACGGGCUGGUGGUGACAGUGGACAGUGAGUCGGGUGACGUCCAGUGGAUCCAGAAUUACAACUCCCCCGUGGUGGCCAUGUACAUAUGGCAGCGCGAGGGCCUGCGCAAGGUGCCUCUCACCAACGUCGCUGUGGAAACGCUGCGCUACCUCACCUUCAUGUCAGGCGAGGUGGGCCGCAUCACACAGUGGAAGUAUCCCUUCCCCAAGGAGAAGAAGCCCAAAAACAAGCUCAUGGCCACACUCUACGUAGGCAAGUACUCCACCAGCCUGUACGCAUCGCCCUCCCUGGUGCAUGAUGGGGUCACGGUCGUGCCCCGCGGCAGCACCUUCCCCAUGCUGGAGGGUCCUAACAGCCAGGAGUUAACAAUGGAGGAGGAGUGUGUGAUCACCCCCAGGACCAGCGUCAAAUUCAACUCUGCCCUGAGGGAACGCAACCGCAUCAACUUCAUGAGGAACCACCUGCUCCUCAUAGGUCAUCAUGAGACGCCUCCUGAUGCCCAUAACAAGAUCCUGGAGAAGUUCCCUGACAGUAUCCCACGCCAGCAGGGCAAUGUCAUCCCCCCCACCACAGAGAAGACCCUAGAGGAGAAGGUGAAUGAGAGUGACAUGGGAGAAGGCCCCACUGUGCCCCAGCCCCCGGCGGUCACCUCCAUCCAGGAGCAGCCGGGGCGAACCUCACAGGUGAGGGUGGAGGCCCCUGUGGACUCUAUGCUUAAAGACAUGGCCACCAUCAUUUUCAGCACCUUCCUCCUGGCUGGCUGGGUAGCCUUCAUCAUCAUCUACCCCAAGAGUGUUCACAAACAGCAGCAGCUGCAGCAUGAACAGUUCCAGAGGCAGUUGGAUGAGCGGCUGGAUCUCCUGAGGAGACAGCCGUUCUCUCCCCCAGGGACCGACCUGCCCCUGCUGACCCCGGACGCUGACUCAGACCACAGCAGUCCCAACGGCACCCCCAACAUCACCCCCCGUGCAUCCAACCACUCCAACCUGUCUGUGCCCGAGCUGGGCAGCUCCGCCAACGAGCACGAGGACGGCGAUGAGGACUCCAACAUGGUCAGAGUUGGAAAGAUAACGUUCCGACCCAAAAAUGUUUUGGGGCACGGUGCAGAGGGAACCAUCGUGUAUAAGGGUCAGUUUGACAACCGUGCCGUGGCAGUCAAGAGGAUCCUCCCAGAAUGCUUCAGCUUUGCUGACCGUGAGGUGGACCUGCUGCGCGAGUCGGACGAGCACCCCAACGUCAUCCGUUACUUCUGCACAGAGAGGGACCGCCAGUUCCAGUACAUCGCCAUAGAGCUGUGUGCCGCCUCACUGCAAGAGUAUGUGGAGAGACAGGAUUUUGAUCGGCAUGGACUGGAGCCUGUGAUGCUGCUGCAGCAGACCAUGUCAGGACUGGCACACCUGCACUCCCUCAAUAUAGUGCACAGAGACCUGAAGCCCCACAACAUCCUGGUGUCCAUGCCCAACGCCCACGGUCGGGCGCGGGCCAUGAUCUCCGACUUUGGCCUGUGUAAGAAGCUGGCGGUGGGCCGACACAGCUUCAGCAGGAGGUCCGGGGUGCCCGGCACUGAGGGGUGGAUCGCCCCAGAGGUCCUCAGUGAGGACUGCAAGGACAACCCUACGUGCACGGUGGACAUCUUCUCUGCAGGCUGUGUGUUCUACUAUGUGGUGUCCUGGGGAUGUCAUCCCUUUGGCAAGUCUCUGCAGAGGCAAGCCAACAUACUGCUGGGAGCCUACAGCCUGGACCAGCUACAGCCCCACAAACAUGAGGACAUCGUGGCCACAGACCUGAUAGAACAGAUGCUGAGCAUGGAGCCCCAGAGGAGGCCUUCUGCUGAGAGCGUGCUCAAACACCCCUUCUUCUGGAGCCUGGAGAAACAACUGAUGUUCUUCCAGGACUUGAGUGACAGGAUAGAGAAGGAGCCGCUGGACGGACCAAUCGUAAGGCAGUUGGAGCGAGGGGGGCGGGCCGUGGUGAAGCUGGACUGGAGGGAGCACAUCACAGUGCCUCUACAGACCGACCUACGCAAAUUCCGGUCGUAUAAAGGAGGGUCUGUCAGAGAUCUUCUCCGUGCCAUGAGAAACAAGAAGCACCAUUACAGGGAGUUACCAGCAGAGGUCCAGGAGACUCUGGGCUCCAUCCCUGAUGACUUUGUCUCCUACUUCACCUCCCGCUUCCCCCACCUGCUGCACCACACCUACCUGGCCAUGCGCACCUGUGCCCACGAGAGGUCAUUCCUUCCCUACUACUCCAGCUCAGAGCAGCUCUCCUGGAUACGGACUCCCUACACACACCCCGAGACCACCCCUCCGCUGCAGACACACACGUCGCAGCCAGAGGAACCCACACCGUCAAACACAGUACCCUCACAGCCUGUGAUGGGGUCGAGCACAAUUCCAUCCACAGCACCCAUACAGUCAGUGACCGUAUCAGACUCCACACCCAUACAGUCACUGUCAAUCACAACAACCCCCCCACAGUCAGUGCCAACCACAUUACCAGCAGAGCCAGUAUCAUCCACAUCAUUACCAGUCCAACCAGUACUGCCUACAUCAUCCUCAUCCACACUGCCAGACCUGCCUCCACAGACAGUGUUGCCCUCAGAACCCCCCACACAGUCAGAAACCCCCGUUACAGAUCCCAUCCCACCUGAGCCACACAUACUGCCAGUGCCACAUCCAGCCACACCGGACACGGAGCCUGCCUGAGAGCCGAUGAGGGGUGGUAGAUGAGUGCUGCACAGAGGAGCAUUGCCUUAAGAGUGGACACAUACGGGUGCUUUGUUGCUCUGUCCUGUGCUGGUGAGGACCAGGCCUGCAGUGCCUGGGAGCUGCCGACAGGGGGAGCAGCAGCCCAAACCAAGUGCCUUUCCUGCUCGACUGAGACAAAAUGGCUCCGAAUGGAAUCGUCCCAAUGUCCCUCAAAGCAUCAAGAAGCCAGGGCUGAAAUGAGCUAGUGGGGGCCGUAAUGUGUAGUACAGAGAGGAUCUGUUUUAUUUGCAAUGGAGUCCCUCCUAAUGUCAAGUAUUCAAGUAUUGUUGGGCACAAAAUACUUGGCAAAGCAAGGGAGGAAUUCUUCUGUUGAUGUUGUUGAAAGACAAGUUGACAAUGGUAGUUUUACUGUGGAAUCUUAUUUCUCUUAAUGAGCCUAUUCACUGUAAAGAGGUGUAUAUUAUUGUAUAGGUGAUGACUUGAUAAUGACUAUCGUUGAAAAUCAUGGGAUGUGGCCAUUGUGCCUUUUUAAAUAACACUGUGUUAUGUGUGUGAGCUCUGUGAGGGUAGAUGUGUCUGGAAUAGUUUUGCUUGCUGCUGCAGAUGCUGCUUUUCUCUCUUGAAUCAGUACUAUUUCAGUGCCUGUCUUCCUGUGCAGGCGAAGGCAGAUAGUCCAAAGGGUGUUUGAACUAAACACUGGUAAAAGCAUAAUGUGUUUAUCUUUUCUACUUUUAUCUCUGAUAGCUUUGUGCUGUACAUAAGGCAAUAUGUGAUCUGAUUUGUGUUUUUAUUGCAGGACAUCACCCAAAGUCUUGUUUGCUUGACCUCUGACACACGAGGCCUUUACUAAAAUUGGUUCAGCUACAAGUCAUGACAGGAUGAUUACAGAAAACAUUCACUUCACAUUCUGGUUUUUGCUGUCUGAGGAAUGGUGUUUUCUCUCAUCCUAGCUUUGAUGAAUGAUGAUCCAAUGCAACAUGUUUUAUUCAAUCAUAUUGUCUGUAUAAUGAAUGGCAGUUAAAUAGGUCUUCAUUUAUUACAUGAAUUAACUGUUAUAGUUUGUUAAUAUUUUAUUUUUUAAGUGGAAUACAUUUACUUCAGGUUUAUUUUGUACUGUUCAUUGUACAUCAAAAACCCCAAGAAUGUACAGUAUUUUGUCUAAUGCAAGCUGUUUAAAAUGAAGUGAAGAGGGUUUUGUGCACAAGUGAACAGUAAAUAUUUUGCAGUCUCGCCUGACGAUGCCUUUUAGUGUUAAGAUUUCAUUUCUAACAUGCCAUCCUGAAUGCAAGAAUAGUUUGUUUUAUGAUAUUCCAUUUUCAGUUUUGCAAUUGUCUCCUUUUGCCAACAUGUCUGCCAUUAUUGGAGUGAAAAUGCCAAAUUAAAUCAGCAUUAAUAUCUGUUACUGUGUUAGUUUGCAGAUAUUUUGAGCUUGUGGAACUAAUGCUGCAUUCAUAACCAAGUGGGAAGGUGGUAUUUACCAUAUACCGCCUGGGAAAAAUCCACUUGAACGCACCUACAACUUCUAAUUACUAGUGGGAAACUCACCGAUCAUCCCUGAUCUCGGCUUCUCCCACAUGCUGACCUCUGACAACACCUACGAAGGAAGAGACUUCACCAACAGCAGUUUCGGCAGUUAAAUGUAGCACAACAUUUUAUAAAAAGCAAUCUAUUAAUGUUUUUUAACUUGAAUUUGUUAACAACCAUGAAACCUGUACUUUUAGUUGGUGAAUUAUGAUUUGGUGUAACAAUGUAUGCAAACCCUUUUCUAUGCAACAGCCUCCUAUGUGUGUUUACCUGAUUUAGAUGUCUGUGUAUAUGAAUCCUUCUUCUUUUGUCCCUCCAUAGAAGCACCAUUACAGGGAGUUACCAGCUGAGGUCCAGGAGACUCUGGACUCCAUCGCUGAUGAAGGAAACCCACACCGUCAAACACAGUACCCUCACAGCCUGUGAUGGUGUCGAGCACAAUUCCAUCCACAGACCCCAUACAGUCAGUGACCGUAUCAGACUCUACACCCAUACAGUCACUGUCAAUCACAACAACACAACCAUAUUGGCAGUAUCAUCCACAUCCUUAACAGCCAAACCAGUACUGCCUACAUCACCCUCAUCCACACUGCCAGACCUGCCCCCACGGACAGUUGCCCACCCAGCCCUCAGAACCCUCCACACCCUCAGAAAUCCCCCCUACAAAUCCUGUCCCACCUGAACCACCAGUGCCACACAGGACACAGAGCCUGCCUGAAAGCCAGGUGAUGGGUACAGCACGGAGGAGCGUUGCCUUGGGGGUUUAGGCUGGGUUUCUGUAUAGCACUCUGUGACACCUGCAGAUGUAAAAAGGGCGUUUUAUAAAUACAUUUGAUUGAUUGCCUUACGAGUGGACACAUACUGGGGCCCUGUGGCUCUUUCCUGUGCGGGUGAGGACCAGGCCUGCAUUGCCUGGGACCUGCCGACGGGGCAGCAGCAGCCCAAACCAAGUGCCUUUCCUACUCUACUGAGACAAAAUGGCAUCAAGAAGCCAGGGUGGAAAUGAACUAGUGUGGGCAGAGAGAACCUGUUUUAUUUGCAAUGGAGUCCCGCCUUAUGUCAAGAAUUGUUGGGUACAAAAUACUUGGCAAUACAAGGGAGGAAUUCUUCUGUUUAUGUUGGAAGAUUUAAGUCAACAAUGGUAGUUUAACUGUACAACGUUCCCUCAGUGAGCCUUUUCACUGUAAAAAGGUGUAUAUUGUAUAUGUGAGUACUUGAUAAUGACUUGAUCAAUGAUAAUCAUAUGUGGCCAUUGUGCCUUUUUAAAUAACACUGUGUUAUGUGUGUGAGCUCUGUGAGGGUAGAUGUGUCUGGAAUAGUUUUGCUUGCUGCUGCAGAUGCUGCUUGUCUCUCUUGAAUCAGUACUAUUUCAGUGCCUGUCUUCCUGUGCAGUCAAGGAGAGAUAUUCCAAAGGGCGUUUGAACUGAACACUGGUAAAAGCAUGUGUUUCUUUUCUACUUUUAUCUUAUCUCUGUUAGCGUUGUGCUGUACAUCGGGCACAAAUAAAAUAAAUGUUUUAUUGCAGGGUGUCAGCCAAAGUUGUGUUUGUUUGAUCUCUUGACACACUAGGCAUAACCAAAACGUGUUCAGCUACAAGUCAUGAUAGGAUGAUUACAAUGUAUUCCCUUUACAUUCUGGGUUAUGGGCUUGAGUUUCUUUGUCCAUUCUUUGAUGGAGGAAUUAUAUUUAUUUUCUCUCAUCUCAUAUUCCUUAACGAGAAUUCAAUGCAACAUGUUUUAUUCAAUCAUAUCCAUUGUCAGUGAAUAACAUAUUAAUAGGUAUUUAAUGUAUUACAUUUAACUGUAAUAGUCUAAUAUUUUAUAAGCUGUUUUUAUGUACCGGUACUGUCCAUACUACACAGUUUCACAAUUUUCUAAUUUUGCAUUGCCAAAGAAUAUGCAGCUGUUUUAAGUGAAAAAGCCAAAUCCGCGUUAUAUUUGUGCCUUUUGAACUUUACAUUUUUGUCAGUUAUUCUUGGGACUAAGCAAACAUAAUACAUUCAUUAUUGCCUGUUAUGUAACGGACUUCCACUGCAAGCCUGAGCGGGUCCAUGCCAAGUUGCCAGUGUCUUAACUCUCCUUUUCUCCUAAACGAAACUUACGGAUAAAAACAAGCCCCCUCAUGACGUCGUUCCUCUGAUCUGAGGUAGUUCGUGUCCAUGUUUUUAGGGAGUGACUGAGCGUUCUAGCAUUCGACACAGCUAUCUAGUACAGCAGCAGAAAUCUACCAGUUGAAAAGAGUCGUCUUCUAUCACACCGAAUAUUCUAACGCAUGAAAGACGUGCGGCGAAUUAAGAGCUAAACUUAUUUCUGUUGGCAAUGGAACAAUUUAAAGAGAGAGGACAACAUCCCCGCCAACGUCUGGUUCAUCUUCGCCCGCUCAUUGACUGAUUAUGCAAGACCCUACACAGCAGUGAGCUCGUAGACUGAAGUGCAAUAAUGGCAGAGGAACCUGAUGAACUGCCUGUUGAAAAAUGGACUGACUCCAACGUGAGCUCUUGGUUAAGAACUAUUGGAGUGAAGGAGCAAUACAUCAAGAAUUUAUGAGGAAGAGGUAGAUGGGAGAAUUCUCCUUGUACUGACUGAGGACUAUCUGAGAAAAGAGAUUGGAAUGAAAUCAGGACCAGCUCUGUUGAUCAUCAGAAAGAGAAAUGAGCUUGUAGACACCAAACAGACAACUCGGGGCAAGGAAAAGCCUCAAAGUAGCAACAAUAGUGAACAGGGAAGUAAAAAGAAGAAGCAGGGAUCAGCUCCCCAGAUUCCAGAGACAGAUCAAGGUCUUUCAGAGGAAGAGAAACAAACUCAUCAAGGACAAUCUGUUGAGGACAAUGUGUUAACCACGAAGAGAGACUGCAAGCCACGGCCAUUUGGCAAAGAAGGCAUUGAUUUCACAUAUGUCAAACAUAGUGUUCUGCAACCUGAAUCUGGUGUAUUUGAUCUGAUAUCUCCCUGUCAUGAGUACAAGUCACUUGACAAUGCUGCCAAAUUGGACCGCACAAGACUACAGGCAAAAUUUGCCAAAGAGGUUCUCAAAUUCGGUACUGGCUGCAUGAAUAUCAGAUCAAAUGGCACAAUACACUUUGGUGUAAUGGACAGUAGGGAUGAUGCAGGCUAUGUGCAUGGUGAGAUAAUUGGUGUUCGGGUUUCUGAAAAAGAUAUAUAUGUUGAUGCAUUGGAUCACAUUGAGAGGAGUUUCUCCUCUCGCUCUGACAGUGAGCAUGUGCGACAGUGCAUACGUCCACCUCAGUUUAUUGAGGUCAUGGACAUAGAAAAAAGGUAUGUGGUGGAGGUUGAUAUUGUUCCCUCCAUAAGCAUUGUUAAGAACCGAGUGUACUCUGUUCGCCUGCCAAACUUCAAAGAGUCCUCUAACAAGAUUGAGCAUGAAAAGGAAACAAUCUAUCGCAGGGUAGGAUCAAAAACCGAGCCAGUGAGUGAUCAAAAUGACUUCUACCAGCGAGUCAGAGACAGAGAUGCCCAAAGAGAAGAGGCUGAGCAUUGUCGAUAUGUUAACACCCCAGACAUCUGCCAAGACCUCGGAAGGAAACUCACCAUGCUGAUAACCAGUGGCAAGAAAUUCAUUGAAAAGGAGAAAUGGUACAUUCUUGUCACUAACCAGUUCCAACCAGAUGACUUGAGCAGCAUUGCCUUCUUGCUCAACAUGAACAUUUUCUGUGUGUUCGAUUUUGACCCUGAUUCCAAAGUGUCAGGAUUGUGCAGUAAAUACAUUCAGCACCAUGCUGCAAAUAUGCAUUUCAUGCAGAACUACAAAAUAUCAAGUGGUAUGAGCAUUGGAGACUUUGUGAGCCAUUUGCAUUUGUUUGAGCAAACCAGCUGGAUCUUUUGCAACGGACGGAAUGAUUACAAAGGGAAUGAAAACCCCUGUGAUGAGAUGACAUGGAUCAAAACAAAAAUUACUCUCCUGAGGGAAUCUGUGUCAUUGAUCUGCAAACAGGUCUUGCCAAAAGGAGCAUUCCUGGUGGUCUUCCUUCUCACAUCCCCUGUUGAGAAACCACUUUUGCACACCUUCUAUGAGUUCUUCACAGAUAUGGAAGGCCAUGAAGACAUCAUUUGCAUCUCAGAAUCUGAGGAUAACUAUCAGAAAUGGCAAAGUUUUGCAGAGGGUUCAUGUGGAACAGAAACUGUGAACCGCUCCAGUGUUGUCGGGAUGAAAAUGAGCCAUGUUGAUGCGACACUGCAGCGAAUCCAACCUGUAACAUCUCGAGACACCAAACACUUGCCUAUCUACCUGAAAGGACAGUGCCUGCUUGAAACUCGUGACGAGGAAAGGAUGUAUUCCUUGGAAAUCCUGAGUGUCAAUCAUUGUGAUGAAACAAGCGAUGAUUACAUCAAGGCAGAAAAAGAAAACAUUGAAAGACAGUUCUACCACGGGGGAAGAGUGACCUGGUUGAAUUUCUGGCUUGCAGAGAAGAGGUUUGUUGGAGAAGUAAUUCAAAGGGAUGCAUACAGGGAGGUCUCCAAACUUCUCACUGACACUAUGAAAUGGGGCGUAGACAGACCUGUGAACAGUAUCAACAUCUACCAUCACCCAGGAAGCGGUGGAAGCACAGUGGGAAGGCAAGUGUUAUGGAACAAGAGGACAGACCUAAGAUGUGCUGUUGUGAAGCCGUCAUACUCCGCAGCCACUGUAUCUGAACAUGCUGUCCAGCUCAGAGAGUAUGAGGAAAAAGAUCCUGAGAAAUGUCUCCCAGUGCUCCUGCUGAUUGAGGACUGUGACAAAGAAUACCUUGAUGAGCUGAGGAAUGAAUUAGAGUUUGCCAUCAACACUAAGAAAAUCAAACAAGGAACACCAUGCUUCAUUAUGUUGAGCUGCAGACGAUCACAUAACCCAGAGAAGAUGUGCAAAGACUCACCAUUGCAGAAUGUAGCUGUCACUCACAAACUAUCAAAAGAAGAGAAGAGACAGUUUGCUGGGAAACGACAGGAGCUUGAAGAACAGUACCAGCCAGAAUUCAUUUUGACAUUCGUCUUGAUGAGUGAAGAAUUUGAACACCAGAAGAUUGUUGAGUAUGUUGCGCAAUUUGUGAAACAUUUGCUCCAAGACAUUGAUCAUGAAGCAGUUGUCACUCAGCUCAUUCGGUAUGUGGCAUUGCUCAACACUUAUGUUCAGAACUCAUUCAUUUCCCAGUCCCAUUGCGAAGCUCUGCUAGUAUUCACCAUUCAUAUGGAUCGAUUCCGCCAGCAUGCUUUUGAGAGAUCACUGAGUGAGCAGGCCAAACUUGUCUUCAUACAUCUGAGAGAUGACAAGACGCACAUUGAAUCAGUUCGAAUCAUUCAUCCACUUGUUGCAAAGGAAAUCCUUCAGCAGCUCCUUGGUGACCAAAAGCUGCAAAGUGGGUUGGCCAUGGACCUUCUCCACGAGGAUGUGCUUUUUGAGCACAGAUUUGGAAAAGAAGAUUAUGGGAAGUUCCUGCGAGCCCUGUUCAUGAGACGCUGCAGAGUAAGUAAAGGUGAUGAAUCAAACAGCUUUUUCUCUCCUCUCAUUGAACAUGUGAGUGAAAAGGAAACCCCUGACAAGGCAAUCGAGCUCCUCAAGGAGGCAUACAAACGCUUCAACAAAGAUGCAUUCUUUGCUCAGCAACUUGCUCGCCUGAAUUACUCCCAUGAGAAGUUUGAAGAGGCAAAAGAUUGGGCGGAGAUAGCAGCGAAACAAAUGCCUAACAACUCUUACAUUCUUGACACGAAAGGCCAGGUAUACAGAAGAUGGUUCAACGCCAAGUGUAAAGCAAUUGAGAAAGUACCAAAAACGGCAGAAAAUACAGCAGAUGCUGUUGAAACUGCGCUGAAAGCAAUGGAGUGUUUCAGAGAAUGUGAGAAAGCUGCUAUCUCGGACCUUGAAAACAUGAACAACAGUGGCUUUUUUGCUGCAGUUGAAGUUGGCUGCAGUCUGUUGAAGCUCGUAUUCUCAUUACGUGUUUUCUCAAGCAAAACGUAUGGCCAUUCAGAAUGUAUGAAGUACCUUCUCACUGAUUACAUUCCUGAGGAAGUGAAGAAGCCCUGGGAGAAUUUUCACAUCAAUUUGAAAGGCCUUCAAAUGACACUGCAUGAAGCCCUGGAGUGGAUCUCGGAGGACCUGAGUUACUUCCAGACAGACAUCAGUGCAGAUGAGGAGGAGACAAUUGAAAGUUCUGAGAUGAAAAUAAGCCAUCCAAUGACAUGGUUGGUAAGAAAAUCCUCUGAGUAUGGUAAAUAUUUCAGUGAUGCCUCUAACAGCAUUGCCCCAAAACUGUGCCAGUUGAACCCUGGCAGUUUAACUCCUUUCAUAAAACGCAUGACCAUUUACCGGCUUGGUGGGGGGAAUAUAACUUCAAUCUUCUCCCUUCUGACUGACCAGAAAGAAAGAGACCAAGUCAAAGUCCUAGAGAAUAUCAUAUCGCUCUACCCCAGCAACCCUCUGAUGGCCAGGCUGGAUCAAAUGGAUCUUGUCAAUUACAUAGCAGCUCAUAUUGCUCUGAGUUGCCUUACAACCCAAUCUCCAAAGUUGGUGGCUCUGAAAGACCUUCAGAAACUCAGUCAGCAGUUCCCAACAGAGAAACGGAAGUGCCUGUCCAGUGCUCUGUUCCUGCUCAUCUUGCUCUUCUGGCCAGAAGAUCAUAACACAGACCCUGAAAAAGAGACCAAAUACAACAUUGUUCUAUCAGCUGUUGAGUACCUCAAAAGGAGCUACUGGACCAAAAUGAAGGAUAUUCCACAAAGGAAGAAAAUUAUUUACACCCACUUUUUCCUGAGUAAUGGAAGUGGGUGGGACAAGAUUGUUCACAAAAGCAAGAUUGAAACGAUUACAAAGGUCCUCUCCAUCUCAGAAAAGAGAAUGAAGUGGUUCAGUGGGGAGGUGUGGAAAAUGCCAGAGAUGGCAAAACUGCUCAGGACUGUGUCUGGGUGGACAGAAGAUGGGAUAGUGUACCUUGAGGGCCCAAAAGAGAAGAAGUUCACUAUUCCUCAUCUGAAAGCAGCCUCCGUGCCCUAUGGCAAUGAAAACAUCACAUUCUACUUGGGGUUCACAUUUAGAGGACCUGUUGCGUACAACAUCACUGUGAAAAAGUAGGGUCGCCACUUAGACAAAUCCUGCCAGAAAAGGAGUCUUAUGGAAUAUCUCCUGAACAUUUUGGACCAACAUACCAAUGAAUUAAUAUGUUUUAGAGCGCAUUGUCAGAGGAAGACUGUGUGUGUGUGUGUGUGUGUACAAAAUUCAGUUUAGUGUCUUAAGAAUGAAGUAAAUUCUGCCUGUAAAAAAAUAUUUCACAGGGCAAAUGUAUGGAUAUUUUGCAUACCCUAAGUGUAAAGUUAUUUCUGUUUGAAUGCUUUGUUGCAAGUUUUCAACCAUUAUAUGGACUGGAAAUAUUAAGGAAUGUGUUGUCAAAUUAUGCAGUCAUGAUCUGUUUUUGUUUGUUGAAUACUGUAUAUUUAUUUUAUAUUAAAUCUUGUCUUAUGCAGGAAGCCUGUGUAAUAUUAUAUGUAUUGUGCCCAAAAUGUGGUAUUUGAUAACCAACUACUUUGUACUUCUCUUAUUCAUUUUAAUGAUAGUUUUCCCAGUGAAAUGGCCCCUUUAUAUAGGAUUUUCACAUUUGAUGUAUUUUUUUCUAACCAGUCUUAAUAUUGUCUUUUUGUAUGAAGAAUGACUAGUUCAAAAAUGGAGUUACGCCUAAUAAAGUUGCCUUAACUUUU